UCAACAGUUCGACGGGAUCGAAGAAAUAAUUGUGGGAAGAAGACCAUCAAAUUCAUUUUCAUACAUUGAGAUCAUUUAAUUUGAGGCAUCCUGCAGCAGAAGUCUUAGGUUGAAUGGCGAACCUGCAAAUUGUCCCUGCUUAUAGUAAUGUGGAGGCUCAGUACGUUGAGAUGAUGGUGCCCCUCUAUUCCUAUGGCUGCGAAAAGAAAGUGAAGAAGGCCUUAGCCAAUCUCAAAGGGAUAUACUCGGUGACUGUGGAUUAUAAACUCCAGAAGGUAACCGUGUGGGGCAUCUGCAACAAAUACGAUGUAUUAGCAACCAUCAAGAGCAAGAGAAAGGAGGCCCGUUUUUGGGAUUGUGAUGACAAGACUGAUGAACCGUGCUGUGCUAUUAUUCCUCAGUCAGUUGAAUCAGUUAUCCCCACCAAGGGUCGGAUGUCCUUGAGUUGGAAAGCUUGGAAGAAGAAGGUGAUUAAGUACUACCAAGGCUGAAUAAAGAAAUACAAUUUACUAAAAUUACUAUUGAGAUCGAAUCCCAUUGAUUGUUAACUAGUACUGUCGCUUCUCCAUUUGCUUUAUUCCAUAUAAAUGUAUAUGCACUGUAAAUUGAACAACCUUCAUUGUAAAUAUUAUAUUAUGUGGUCAUCUAAUAAUUUCAA